UCGUCCUCCCUGACGUAGAUCAGUCAGUAGCUGCGAACAUCGCUGUUACACGCGAAGCAGAGAAGAGGCAAACAUGAAGGACAACAGUUUACCCCGAAUCCUUUUAAUUAUCUUGUGCGCGGCGGUAUAUGUCGUCGUUUUAGUUUUUAACGCGUUGGCCGGAGCGGGUAAAGCUCCCUUCUAUCAUACAACCGGCAAUGUAUCCGCCCGCUUUGAGACUGACAUCACUCCAGCUGGCUGGACCUUCUCCAUCUGGGGUGUUAUCUAUACCUGGCUAACCGUGAUGGUCAUUUACAUAACUUCAUAUGUAUGCAGAGGAUCCUGGGCUCAGUGUCUGCUGCCCUACGCCUUCUAUUUUUGCUGGCUGUCCAACAUGGCGCUGAACGUGACAUGGCUGCUGCUGUGGGACAGAGCGUUGAUGCUGGCAGCUCUGGUUGUUUUGAUCCUGAUCGCUCUGACCAACUACAGUGCUCUGUUCUUCUGUUGCUUUGCCACUGAUUACUAUGGACUGUGGUUACAGACAUACCAUCGCAAAGACCUGGCCUGUCUCAGAAUACUGGUCCAGAAUGGUCUGGCUCUCUACACCACAUGGACGUCUAUUGCCUCUCUGAUCAAUUUCUCACUGGUUCUCCACCUGUGGGGUGUGGACAAGAGCACGGCAGCCACUGCCUCUCUGUGCAUUCUUUUUGCUGAGGUGGUAGGAUGGUUCAUUCUUGAGAACUGGGUGCUGGACCGCUGGGUGCGUAACAUCCUGACAGUUUACCCGGUGGUGAUUGUGGCUCUGGUAGGAAACAUCUACAAGCAUUUCAACCCGGCAGAUCCCACUCCAAAUUCAGUGUUUAUGGUUGUGUUGCUGGUGUUGGCAUGUGUCCUGCUGAUUUCCCGGCUCUUCACAGUCAUCUGGAGGAACAAGUACCGGCCUCUGCACUCCCUGGGCUCAGCACGGUUGAUGGUAUCACCCCUCGACGGCCGUAAAUUCAAGAUCCUGUCUUAAGUGGAGGUUGUAUCUCCUGUAUUGCUGCAGCCUUUAAACUCUCCACACAGACCCACCUUGAUCCACAUGUUCACCAAGCCUCUGACUCCAUUAAGGUCUCCGUUUUACAAUGGGCCUUAACUCGUCUUGGAUUUGCACAAACAUAGUUAAGUACAACUCGGUUAAAACUACGUCUUUUGCAAGGUCCAGUUUUGUUACAGUUUGAAUCAUUAUAUAUACUAUGAAUUCAUUCAGAGGUAUUUCCAUUUUGAAUCUAUUUUACUAAAUGUGUUCAGGGUUUCAGAGAUUUGUGCUAUUUUCAUAAUAUUUUACCACUUGUUGGGUCAACUUUCAUAAUGCUUUGCUUUUUUGCAGCUCUUCUCUGGUCAUAUUUUUAAAAUCCCAUCAGCUUUCAGUCCUGACAGGGCAUGAUUUGGAUGUCCCUCACACGUGGACUAAUCUUCUUGAUACGUUAAACCGAUCUUGCAAGUCUGUGCCAAGAUUUCUGAGGAGAAUGCAGGAAAUGGCAUUUACUUUAUUUUUAAAAAAAUUAUCGAAAAAUUUUAUGAAUUGAUAAUGGAUCUUUCAAAUGGAGAUUGAUUUGGAUUAGAAAAUCAAAAUGAAAAGGCCAGCCUUAGUAAAGAGUCAUCAGGAUAAUAGGAGGUCAAGCUACCGCUCUCUCCUUUCUGAUGACGACAAUACAAUAGUUCCUGACAUUUGAAAUACUGAUUAACCACUACAAGUGUUUACACUACUUUCAGUUAAUAUUGUCUGAAGUGAAGGAGAUUUUGUUUACAGCACAUGCUCGUGGUUUGAUGGUAAUAUGUUAUUUUGAUACUUUAAAGCUAAUUAAGGCCUACCCAUUGCACUUUUAAUCGCUCUGUAUAUCCAUGCCUUGGCAUAGACUGUACUGUAUACUGUCAUUGUGUGAUGACUUAAAUAUGUCUAGCGCUUUGUUAAACUUGCUUCAUUUACAAAUUAAAGCUUUAUGUUAUCCGAGGUGA